CAGUCGAGUUUCGGUUGCCAGGGCGCGAGCAAAUACAAAUUAUCGAUCCGGUCCGCGUACCAAGUGUCACCAUGAUCACGCCGUUGUCUGGACUGCCGCUUUUGGGUGCUUUUCUGGUGACCCUGGCCCUGGUGGUCAGCGCAUCAUCCGUGCCCCAGCGGCAUCGUUCCCUUCGCCUGCCCAACGAAACCUAUCCGCUGUUCUACAACCUGCACAUAUCCAGCGAUAUUCACAAGGGCGUACUGCUCUUCAGCGGAAAUGCCACCAUUGACGUAGCCAUCCGGCAGUCGACGAAUGAGAUAGUGCUGCACGCCAAGAACCUGUCCGAUAUUCAGAUUAAUGUCCAUCAGUUGAUGGAUAAUGGAGGCUUUGAGAUCGUGGACAACCUUACUCAUACGCUGCAUCGUUCGGCGGCCUUUCUCAUCAUCCAUCCGAUGGAGAAUUUCCAGGCCUUCGAGGCGGGUCAGCGUUACCGCCUAGAGAUUCUGUACACGGCCAUUAUGACAACACGUCCCGCGGGUCUUUACUACAUGGAUUAUAGCGAAGAGGAGAACAACCGCCCCGCAUUUGUAGCCGCCACGCAAUCGGAGCCGACAUUUGGGCGUCUUAUAUUUCCCUGCUACGAUGAGCCCGGAAUCAAGUCUAAUUUCAGCAUAAAGAUAACACACGGCAGCAGUUAUUCAGCCAUAUCCAAUAUGCCAGUCAAGGAAAUAUUAGCUCAUGGUGAUUUAAAGACCACCUUGUUUCACACAACCCCACCAAUAUCCACCUAUCUCGUGGCAUUUGUCAUUUCCUAUUUCGAGAGCACAUCUGAGAAAUAUCGAGGAGUCACGCAAAGUAUCUACGCACCGCCAGCUUCCAAGGAGAAGGGUCAAAGUGCAUUGAAGAAUGCAGUGCGAACGGUGGCUGCAUUUGAGGAUUAUUUCGGAAUUUCCUAUCCCCUGCCAAAACUAGAUCAUGUGGCGCUUAAGAAGAACUAUGGAGCUGCCAUGGAGAAUUGGGGCCUAAUUACAUACAAGGACACCAGUUUGCUAAAGAACACCACCUUGGAUCCACGAAAUCCCUUGUGGGAUAGGAUCACCCAGAACCACGAGAUUGCUCACCAGUGGUUCGGCAACUUGGUUUCACCGGAGUGGUGGACUUACACUUGGAUGAAUGAGGGAUUUGCGACUUACUUUGGCUAUGUGAUCACAGAUUUGCUCUACCCCGAGUACAAAGUAAUGGAGACUUUUGUGGCCCAUGAGGCUGAUAGUGCCUACAGCUAUAAUAGCUUCUUUGACGUCCGUCCGAUGUCCUCGUACGUGGAGAGUGAAAAGGAUAUAAUGGGAGUCUUUGACAUUAUUUCCUACAAAAGAGCCGCCUGCGUGAUCAGGAUGUUCCACCACGCCUUCCGCCAGAAGGUCUUCGUGCGAGGCAUCAGCCACUUUCUGGAGAAAUAUCGUUACAGUGCGGCCAACGAGCUGAACCUCUUCGAUGCCCUGCAGGCGGAGCUCCAGGAGGAUGAGUACUUCUCGCAGAAGUCGUGGGCCUCGCGGAUAAGGGAAAUUAUGCUCUCCUGGACGCACAGCGAAUGGUUGCCCAUUCUGGUGGUGAAGCGGAAUUAUGAGAACAAUACCAUAACAUUUAGCCAGCGAUCGGUUCACUCCAAGGACGAGCUCUGGUGGAUACCCCUGAACUUUGCCACCGAACAGUCGCCCAAUUUCGAGGACACCCAGGUGGACAUAUUCAUGCCACCCCAGGCGCAGUACUCUGUGCCACUGGAAGAUCUUAAUAUCCACCUGAGUGGCAGGGAUUGGAUUAUAGUGAACAAACAGCAGACGGGUUUCUAUUUCGUCCACUACGAUACGGACAAUCUAAUGGCCAUUGCCAGGCAGCUGCAGGCCAAUCAUUCCGUCAUCCAUCCAGUAAAUCGAGCCGGACUCUUCCGUGAUCUUAAGCCCCUCAUCGAGCACAACGAAAUCGAGCAGGUGGAUGUGGUGUUUGAAAUGCUUAAGUACCUGGAGCUCGAGGAGGAUAUACUGACCUGGAAUGAGGUGGCCGAUUCCAUCGAUUGCCUGUCGCAAAAUCUGUUUGGCACUUCAUCGCAGAAACAUUUCAAUGAGUUUGUGCGCCGCCUGGUCACUCCGAUAUUCAGACGAGUCUAUGUGGACCAGACUGCGAAUAUUUCCCUGGAUCGGGGUAAUAGGAUACUACACAUGGCCUGCUUAGCGGAUCUUCCUGAGUGCCUGGAAUACACUCGCCGUCUGGCCAAGGAGUAUAUUAUCAAUAAAAUCAAUCUAACCACAGAUUCGGAAUACUAUGGCACAUACGACACUGUUUUGUGCAUGGGUGUACGAUACCUAAGCGAUCGCGACUUUCACAGGGUAAUCGAUGUGCUGAAGGCAGCGGAUCGCGGAUCGGAGUACUACGAUGACAUGAUUUAUGCCCUGCGGUGCACUCAAAGUCAUCGCCACCUUUUGCACUAUUUGGAAGUCCUCCUGGGCGAGAGCUCCUCGCACAUGAUCCUUACCGAACCCGAGGCCAUGAUGUAUAUCCUCUAUGUGUUCAAGUCGAGUCAGUCGACGCGACCAGUCAUCUGGCAGUAUAUCGAUCGCAACUACAGGCUGGUCUGCCGAUCGCCAAACUUUGUGGAGGACUUCAAUCAGAUCGCUGAAUUUGUGCCCAGACAUCAGAGGACACAUUUUGAAAGGCUGCGCCAAACCAUUGCAGAUUACAUGGAACUGGAGGGCAUUAAAUCGAACCACGCACUGAUCAAGUCCGAUUCUCCGCUGGUGGGCAAAAAGGUGAAGAUCACCGAGAACUUCCAGGACAAGUUCGAGACGCAGAUCCACAGUUGGCUACUGGGCGAGGUUCCUCAGUUGACUAGCAGAAGUGAAGACCUUUUGGCCGCCUCCCUCAGUGCGGCAAAUGGAUCGAACCGGCCGCAAGGUAUCCUUAAGGAUGCCACUCGCGUGGUGCGGACUGCGUUACGAAUGAUAGAUAUGUAUAGAUGAUUACGAUUGUUGGUAUCUAAGGACUGCAUAAGUACAAGCUUAAUUACAAAUAAAUUAAUUCUUAUAAAACAA